GGCGCAACUGCCAAUAAAACAUAACAAGACGAGGAAAUGUAUUAGUCGUUCUAGAAGUACAUCCGGGUUAAUGUAGUAAACAUGGCCGAGUGUACGGAGGACAGGGAUAAAGACAGCUUUGAUGUCAUGGACUUGGCAGAGUAUGCUAAGAGACAACGAUGGUGGAACAGAGUCUUUGGAAAUAACUCUGGACCUAUUGCUGAGAAGCGUUCAGUGGCGACACAGCUUGCAAUUGGUGGAGUUACUGGCUGGUGUGCUGGGUUCAUGUUUAAGAAAGUUGGAAAGCUGGCUGCCUCUGCAGUGGGUGGCGGCUUCUUUCUCCUCCAGAUGGCUAAUCACACAGGGUACAUCACAGUGGACUGGAAGAGAGUGGAGCAGGAUGUGAACAAGGCCAAGAAGCAGCUGAAGCUGAAUGCUGAGAGGCCCCCGGCGGAAGUGCGGACUAAAGUAGAUGAGGUGUCAAUAUUUGUGAAGAAGAACAUCAUUCUAACUGGAGGCUUUGCUGGAGGAUUUCUGCUUGGACUGGCAUCCUAGAAUUUUAAUUUAUUUUUUCCAAAGCCGAACACAUCUUCUAUUUUGAGGUACUUUUGAUGUUAAGGCUGAAUAAUAAUGAAAUGAAACUAUAUUUACACAUUCUGAACAAAAUUAAAGUUGCAUCAAUGCACUGAAACUGAGUUGCUGAGUUGAUGUAGCCUGAAAUGUUGUCCAUGAUGUAUUUCUUCUCUUCAAAAUGUAGUAUGUAUCCAAGGCCCUUUGUUUUCAAACCCAGCCCUUGCCCAGUAGGAAGUGUUUCUACUCCUUUACUAGCUGAAUUACAGUUUGGUGCAGAUUUCAAUUUGCAUUGAUAUUGAUUUCAUAUUAAAGGCAAAUGGAAUUACUUCCAAUGAGCAGAUUUUAUCUCAAACUCUCUCUUUGACUCAGCAUGCCUUCCCCCUCACUUCCAUUCCAUUUCCAAAAGCACAUAUUGAUCCUCUUAGCGAAAUGUCCAUGGUGGGAUGGGUCUGUUGACCUUCAGAUGUUUUAUAUUUAUUUUUUAACUUUUUACCGGGAUGCAUCUCAAUGAUCCAUAUCAUUAUAAAUAAACCAAUAUCAAAAUGUUUAUUUAUGUAUUAGUUUGUAGUAAAAGUCUUGCCUGUUACAGGUUUUAAAACUUCUUUGCUAUUCUGAUUCGGUCUGUUCCAAGUUUUGGAAAUGCACUUCUUCUGUCUGCUUUGGUUGAUCAUCUAAAAGUCCAUGUAAUCUAAAUAGGAAACGCAUUACUGUUGCAAGUCAGAGUUACAGGGCAGGUGCAAAUGAGAAUAGUGAAGUAUAUGGUGUAAUGGUGAAGAAUACUGAAAACAAAAGGCCUUGGCUAUAGUUAAUCCUUUGUACACAUUUUGAGAACUGCUUUAUCUAAAAAAGAUAGUUGCACUGCUGUUGUUAUACAUCAAGUAUGGUUUCACUCCAUUCUGUUAAGGACUUAAAUCAUAAAUGUAAGCAAAUGUGAAGUUUAUUGUCUGUAUAAAUAAAGCGACAUUAAGUUA